UGUGACGUCAUGCACGUAACGACUUGUCAUCGUUCGCCUUGGUAUCUAAGCCAUGGUGCGCGUAUGUCGUGCCGGUGCUGUACAACACAUUCGACCUUACCUGGCGACGACCCAUACUCAUCUGCGACGAAGCUGGAGCCAACAUGCAUCUAGAUCGCUGCCUGUGUGAACAGCUCGGUCACUGCAAACCCGACCAACAUGAUGGCUCGAACGCGCCAGAAGAAUGGUGGGCACGGAGGCACGUGAGUCGAUCCUAUUGUCUCAAACAGCUCCCGUGUGUCGAUGAGAAAUGGCCUUCGCUAUAUUUGCUGGCGAGAACACUUGUGUCCUCGCCUGACCUCGCCCGACUAGUACGGCACUUCAAGCUAUCAGGUCAUGUUCCUUCAUCUGUCUGGACAGAUGUAUGCCAGACCGUGUUGUCGCACGAGGACAUUGCGCGUAUGAGGCCAAAGUUACGACACGAUGCGCAUAUGUCUCAGGAGGGGUGGCUUCACCGGCUCGAUCACGGUUGUCCUGACGCAUUCGCAGCACUCGCGUUGACGUGUCUGACCGGCAUCCAAACUCUCCACCUCGCUCCGAGUUUUGAGGACGCUCUCGCCAUCCUUGGUAUACCGCUACUCCGGCAGAUUCUACCGCAUGUCACCCGGGCCCGCGUUGGUACGUUUGACGAGACUGUCAUAAUGGGCAGUGGAAGACCGCCGCAUGUACAGGCUGAUUCAUUCCGCAACUGUUCCUGCUACACCUUCCGAGUGUCCGCUCUCUUUCUCUUAACUUACCUCGACCUCUUACUCCAUUUUCUUGGCCGGACGCUACCCCUACUUCGCUCACCACGGGCCUGGAGUCCCUCGAGUUGAGUUUCACGUUUCUUGAGGAGACCGAUCUGGCACGCUUACUUCGGGCGUGUCCCAGCCUGCGAACCUUUAACGAUGUCUGAACAUUGUACAGAGAGCCUUGGAAACUUUCCAUCUUCACAUUGUUCGGCCGCAAGAUUGGUUCAAUCAGAACAUACUAAGCAUCGACUUCUCCGGCUUUUAUAUGUUGACUACCCUACACGUACCUUUCCAGCUAUUAGCCGACAAAUUAUCGGG